GCGUGGAUGGCACGUAAUAAAUAAGCUUACAUUUUAUUCAGUUCAUUAACCUUCCACAAGAUUCAUGUGCUGCUGACAAACACGGACACACAUAACCACGUCCUGGCAGUGGAGCAACUUGAUACAUAUACAAGAGAAGUACACUAAUUGAAAACUGUUGUUCAUUGAUAAACUACAGCGCGGAAUACCAACAUGAAUCGCCAAAUUACGGUUAAAAUACCACUGAUGAAAAUUACUUCGUAUCACAGCAAAGAAACGAAUCCUUUCCAAGCUUCUAAUAACAACGUUCAAGUGUCUCCGGUGUUAGCUUUUGAUUCUGGCCCAGGAUUUGAGUCAAGACCGCUUCUUGAGCCCGACCUUCGGAAUCUACCGAAUGUAGACUCAACCGAACUAGACAGCUCUUUACGAGAUUUAUUGAUGGAAAAAAUGAAAUCUGGCAACGUUUUUACCGACGAUAACGAUGACACUAUUUCUGAAAUUUCAACGUGCAGCUCGGUAGUCGCUCUAGAGACUGUUGAUGAGAGUGAUUCAGCAAACACCACUUCAGCGCCGACAGGUAGCCGAACGACCUCGAGGGCGUCUUCGUUUAAUGCCGGAUCGACGUCGAAGACUAACGAAGGAACCAGUUAUCAUUCAUUAAGCGAAGCCGAAGAGGAAGAUGGUCGAAAAACAGCAAUGAAAAAGUCUAAGAAAAUAUCUGACUUGUUUCCGUUUAACGCUGCAAGUCUUGGCGGAAAUGGGGUCGCUGAUGAGAAUGAUGAGAUUCGACCCCCUGCGCCCUCUGAGAGAAGAAGAAAGCUCAGCAUCACUAGAAGAAUUUCUCCGCUAUCUUUGCAUGGAAUUUUCGCUGGGAAUCAAUCUACUGGUUCGAAUAAACAAGAUGUUACUAACGAGAAAGAAACAAAGAGGACUCGCAAAUUAUCUUUGACGAUAUUUCAUAAACCAACGAGUGAGAAGGAACGAAAGAGACGAAACACUGACCCACAACUUCCACCAAAUCAACAAGUGGCAACUACCAUUGAAAACGAAGAGAAGAGAAGAGUAGAAGAGGCAGCGAAUUUAGAGCGUAAAGAGUCACAAACCAAGCCUGUCCCUGAACAAGCCUUCUUCAAAGAGGAAGAUGUCAAAAUCCACGACCUCAUUAGGCACGUGCUGCGCGCGCAUCUUUUAUCAAUGAAAGAAUACAAGCGAGAGACUUGUGACCGAGUUUGUAAAAGCAUCUGUAGGAUUUUAAAAACGCUUGUAGAGUCCAUGAAGGAGACGGAAAAUGUUCAGUGCAAGGUUGUAUGCCAAGCGUACAUUGGAUCCGUGAGAGACGAGGGAAUGUUCGCCUCUGUCCAGGCCUUAUGGGAGACUGAUCGAGAUAACUUCGCUGCAGCGAGUUUUAGGAGUGAUUCUUUGUUUGGAUUUGCGUCUGUUAUAACAAACUCUCUAUACUGAUAUAUCAUAUAAAUGUUAAUCACCACACUAAUAUAUUCAUACGAUGAUGAAAUAACUUGCAUGUCAGAUUCUUCGGGUACGGAAAUGUAGGAGCUACGGUUUCCCGCCAUGGCGUGUCAUGUUUAUUUGUUUAGUUUUAGAUAUCAGUCUGGCUGAAAUUGGAUUAAAAAUAUUGAAGUGUUAUAA